AUGAAGGACUUUUUUGCCACAUGUGGGGACCUCGACAAUUGUUUCCUCCUUGGCGACUUCAACGCCCAUCAUAAGUGCCCCGACGUCGUAACCAAGAUGUGCCCCUUUCGCACAGGUGAACACACCGUCGGCCACUUGUUCUACGCAUGCCCAGACUUGCAAGAGGAAAGAUCGCAGCUCCCUCUCAAGGACUUCAGGGGCGGCAAGCGAACCCGCAAUGGCAUGUGUACCCUGGAGGGCCUGCUUACUGAGGGUGCCGCCCAAGCCUCCCGCUGGGCCAUCAACCAUUUCGGCAUCCAGCAGUUCACGUGGACUUUGAACCAUGCCGACUUUGCAUCGUUCAAGGAUAUGGUGUAUGCUCAUCAGGGGGGUUUCUGA